GCUGAGUCACCCCGGCCUCCUGGGCUUGACCUGCUGUGAGCCCUCGGGCACAGACCCUGGGGAGACCGAGGAGUGGGAAGUGUGCUGCGCCUGAGAUUGCAAGAGUGACAUUUGUGGGACUGGCUGACUUGAUUAAAGUUCUUUUGGAACCUUUCCUAGUAGCAUAUCUAUGCAAGAUUUCACCAUGGGAAAUGGCUAUUACAACAUGGUGGCAGCUGUCCUGUUGGCCCUGAAUUUCGAAAGGACGAGAUCAAUGCAGGAUUUCUGUAGUAACUGUCCGGCUGGUACUUACUGUGGGGAAAACAAGACUUGCAUUCCCUGUCGUCCAAAUAGUUUCUCCAGCAUGGGUGGACAAAGGACCUGUGUCAUAUGCAGGCAAUGUAAAGGUUUUUUCAGGAUCAAGAAGCCAUGCUCCAACUUCAGCGAUGCAGAGUGUGACUGCAUUUCAGGGUUCCACUGCUUGGGGGCAGCAUGCACCAAGUGCGAGCAGGAUUGUAAACAAGGUCAAGAAUUAACAAAAGAGGGUUGUAAAGAUUGUUGCUUUGGGACAUUUAACGAUCAGAAACAUGGCAUCUGUCGACCUUGGACAAACUGUUCUUUGGAUGGAAAGUCUGUGCGCGUGAAUGGGACGAAGGAGAGUGACGUGGUCUGUGGCCCGGUUUUGACGGACAUCUCUCCAGGGACAUCCUCCGUGACCAUGCCUGCCCCUGCGAGAGAGCCAGGACACACUCCUCAGAUCAUCACCUUCUUCCUGGCGCUGACGUCGGCUGCGGUGCUGUCCCUGGUGUUCUUCCUCCUGCUCCGCGUCUCGGCCGUUAAACGAGGCAGAGAGAAACUCCUGUAUAUAGUCAAACAACCAUUUAUGAAACCAGUUCAGACUGCCCAAGAGGAAGACGCCUGUAGCUGCCGAUUUCCGGAAGAAGAAGAGGGAGGGUGUGAACUGUGACGUGGAAAUGCAAAGCGCUGCUGGACUCUCUGGGGAAGAAGCAAAGGGGACAUGCCAGCCAUCCCACUGUCCUGUGUUGCAAAAACAAAAACCGUGAUGCUCCAUAACCCCCAGGAUUACCCCCGACAAGUUUCUCCUAAAUGCUAGUGAAUUGGCCUUUAAAAAUGUGCUGCUUUUAGCAGAACAAGCGUACAGGGGACAGAGCCAUCCUGAAAGGGUAUUUUCUAGAUGCCAUUUCACAGGCCACAGGCCGGGGCUAGUUUUUUGCAAUCCAGAUACAGUUUAAAUUCAAUCCUACAGGCCGAGAGUCCAGCUACAGUUAUAAUCAAAAUCAAUGCAGGAUGUUUUUGUGCUACUAUGGCAUAUCAACAAGCCAUAAGAUGCAGCAAAUAUCCCCAACCAAACUUCCCUUCCGUCCUAUCACAUGACACGACGAUGUCCUCCACUAUCGGGGGGACAGUGAUCAGAGGGCCUGAGUUGGGUGUCAAGAGCAAAAAAGUCUCAGACCUUGAGGAAGAGUUUCAGAAAGAGUUCAAAUGUCUUUGCGUGUCCCGUGGUCCCUCCCCUCCUCAUACCUCCUGCCUUUGUCCUGCUCCCCUGUGAGCUAGGUUGUUUUUUUUUUUAAAUUCUUAACUUUUUACAUAAUAUUUGAUACACAAACUCAUCCAUGAAACAUGUAUGAAGGUAUGACAUACAAUGAGAAAAUGAACACCCAAGCUCGUAGCCCAACCAGAGCGCUAGAGCGGGGGGGCCACCAAACUCCCGUGGCCAAAUUUGGUGCCAUCUGCCUUUUUUUUUUUUUAAGAGACACGAUCUGGCUCUGUCGCCCAGGCUGCAGCGCACUGGCUAUU